CAGGGCCAGAGGCAUCCUGCUAGUGUCCUCCAUGCUUAGGUAAAGGGGGUAUUAGACUCCAGCAAUGCUGGUCAGUCUGGCUGCUCUGUCUGCUGUGUAGUUUGGGAUGGGGGAAUAGAGAUGGGGAGCACCAGGAAGGCGGUCAACAUACUUAACAGGAGACAGAGUCUCUUCCCCAACUACAAAGUCACAGAUUCAGAUAUUAAUCGAAGACCCUCUGAGAUUGUUUACCCACUAGCCAAGGAAAGCUGCGUGAAGACAUGGAACUCUCUGCAGGAGCUGAACAGGGACAUCUAUGACAUUUAUGCCGAGUAUGAAGACGAAGAGGAUGACAGCGUUCCAUACAGCUUCUCCAAGCACAUUUCCCCACCCAAGAAGAACUAUGUGAUCAACAUCAAUGUAGGAGGGAAGCCCUACAAAAUAGCCUACAAGAUGGCAGCGAAGUACCCCAAGACCAGGAUAGGAAGACUGGCCACCUACACAGACCAUAACAUGAAGCUGGACCUGUGUGAUGACUACAUAGUGACCAGCAAUGAGUACUUCUUUGACAGAGACCCAGAUGUCUUCCACUGCAUCUUCAACUUCUACAGGACGGGAGUGCUCUGGAUCAAGGAUGAGCUGUGUCCCCGCAACUUUCUGGAGGAGAUCAACUACUGGGGCGUGAGGAUCAAGAACACCCACCGCUGCUGCCGGAUCGCCUUUGAGGAGAGGCAGGACGAGCUCAACGACCAGCUGAAAAUCCAGAGGGAGCUGGAAGCCGAGGUAGAGAUCGAGGAGAAUGAGGAGCUGUUCCAUGACAUGUUCAUGGGCCAGACCCGGCGAGCCAUCUGGAACUUGAUGGAGAAGCCUUUUUCGUCUGUGCAGGCCAAGCUAAUGGCUGUGGCCUCCAGUCUGUUUGUCCUGAUCUCCCUGGUGGCCAUGACCCUCAACACAGUGGGGGAGAUGCAGUAUAGAACUGCUGCAGGUCAGCUCAGUGGCAAGACAUACUGGGAAUACGUGGAGUCCAUGUGCAUCACUUUCUUCACCAUGGAGUACCUGCUGCGGCUCAUAUCCACACCUGACAUCCGUUCCUUUAGCAGGAGUGUGCUCAACACCGUGGACCUGAUUGCCAUCCUGCCUCAGUAUGUGCAGUGCAUCCUGGAGAUCUUUGACAGUGAGGAUAAUUACAUGAAGCACGAGGCUGACAUGCAGGCAGUGGGGCAGGUGGGAAAACUGGGCCAAGUGCUGAGGAUCAUGAGACUGAUGCGAAUCUUUCGUAUCUUGAAGCUGGCGCGUCACUCCACAGGUCUGCGUGCAUUUGGCUUCACUCUACGCCAGUGCUACCAGCAAGUGGGCUGCCUUUUCCUCUUCAUCGCCAUGGGCAUCUUCAGCUUCUCUGCCAUGGUUUAUACUGUGGAGCAUGACAUGCCACACACAAACUUCACAAGCAUUCCUCAUGCAUGGUGGUGGGCAGCUGUCAGCAUCUCCACUGUGGGCUAUGGUGACGUCUACCCAGAGACGGUACUAGGCCGUAUUUUUGCGUUCAUCUGCAUUGCUUUUGGAAUCAUCCUCAACGGCCUGCCCAUAUCCAUCCUCUUCAACAAGUUCUCUGACUAUUACUCCAAACUGAAGUCCAAUCAGUACACCGCCUCCCUGAAAAAACGAGGGAAGGUGAGGUUUGCCAAGAGGACGGUGAAAAGCCUGGAACACUGCUUUGGAAACCACCACUGUCACGCACACUGAUUUUUUUUUUUUUUUUUUUAUUUAUAUAACAAACUCAUAUGUGUCACUGUGAAACUGAAACAGGGACAAAAAAAAUAAAGGAAACCACUCAGCUUACUGGAGUGGGGUACUCCAGCUAGUUGGCAGCUUUUGUGAGGGAAGCAUAUGGCUAUCUGCACCCUCCAGACCAGUUAGCUAUUAAACAGAGUUCAGAGUGAAAAUCUGGCAUCCAGUGUGCUGAGAACCAGGUGGAAAACUGGUCUUUUGAAAUAUUUGAUUUUAUAUUUAUCCUGCAGAAAAAUUAUAUUUUUAUUAAGAGAUAUUCAAGCAUUAAAAGCAAAAUUUUGAAAUAUUUUAUUAAAGAAUGUGACAAAUGUAAGCAUUCUCUAAACCCACACAAUGUUUUAUCUACCAUGUGCUAUAUAAAAAAAAAAAAAAAGAGAGAGACUUCUGGGGCUAACGUGUAUAAAACUGUCCACAUCUACAAUAUUUGUACUUGAUGUGAUUGUCCAGCUGCACAAAUUGGAACAUUUCUCCUGAUAAAGCACCAAGUAUAUAAGAAAUAUGCUUGCAUAUGAUAGUUUAUGCAGGGUUUCAUGUUCUUUUUGUAACUUAAAGUCAAAUUAAAAUGCAUAAUUUUUAAGGAAAAUGUUUUAAAAGCAUUGUUCUAUAUUUUGCUCCCCAGAGUGAAACUCUGUAAUGCUAUCACCAUCCAGCUGUUUGGAUAAACAGGUCAGACUUUACUGGAUUGGCCUGUAUACCUAUAGAAUGAAUGAAAAUCCUUUAAUCCUUUGCUCUCAUGGCAGGGCAUAGGUCCUUAUAGAAGUCUAUAGUGUAAUGGUUAAAUUUAGGAAAGGCCACUUUUAAGAGGCAGCUGAACAACAAUCAGAAUCAGUAUCUGAAGUGCUUUAAAUCAGUGUUUACACGGGUGAUCUACUUUCUUUUCUUUUUUCUAGUGCAGUGCUGCUUUUCAUGUGUUUGCAGUAUUCUGUAAUUUUGUAAUUCUGUAUGCAUAGCAAAUAAAUCACUCUGCCAAAGUAUGCAGUAUGAUUUGUUUGCUGUGCAUGUGGCUGAGCAUGCUGUCUCAUAUACUGUUUUCAAUAAACACUGCUUUGCCCAUA